AUGGACACCAUCACCGUGACCCCCAAGUCAGCAGGGCCGUCGGCGAACAACAAGGUCACCAAGGGCAAGCUGCUCACCGGCACGAGCAACUUGCCCCAGAUCCUCUACGGCUGUGAACACCUCGAGCCGCUGUUCGCGGAGCGCCGCAAAGUGUUGGUGCAGCAGUACACCAACAUCAUCCAGACCAUCCACGACCGCCACAGCAUAAUACCGCAGACCCAUCGCUCGAGCCUCAACAACGACAGCCGCCCCGUCCUCUCGCUCAAGCCGACGUACAUGUGCCUGCAGUGCGUUGGCGUCUUUACGGCCGAGCUACGCGACGAACAUUUCGAGGCUAAGAAGCAUGCUUUCUCUGUGGAAUCGAAGCAAGGCUGCGUGUAUUGCCAGCAAUGUAAAGACUUCAUCUACGACCCAAUGCUGGAGAAUGUGCGCUUGCUGCAAGGCCGCAAGAAGAGAAGGCUAGAAGAGACCAUGACACCAGAAGAUUACCGCCUUGUCGCUCAGAACUCUACCUUUGCCCCUUGCCGCGCCAUCGGUCUGCGCGGACUGUAUAACAUGGGCCAGACAUGCUUCAUGAGCGUCAUCUUGCAGUGCCUGAUACACAACCCGUUCAUCAAGGCCUUCUACCUCGGCGAGGGCCAUACGUCCAAGGACUGCGAUAGGGAGUCUUGUACUAGCUGUGCACUCGAUGAAAUAUUUACAGAGUACUACUCGCUGGAGAAAACAGAGGGAUACGGUGCUGUGAGCAUGCUGCUAGGCAGCUGGUCCGGCGCGCAGGCUCUUGCGGGGUACCAGCAGCAGGACGCUCAUGAGUACAUGCAAUUCAUUCUCAACAACCUUCAUGUGGAAAACGACGGCACCGAAAACAACGGCAAGGACGGCGACGAAGAGUGCUCAUGCCUCAUCCACAAAACCUUUUCCGGCAAGCUCCAAAGCACAGUCACGUGCGACAAAUGCCACAACGUAACGACAGCCACUGAUCCGGUCAUGGACUUAUCGUUGGAUGUGCGCUCGCAGGCGAAGAAGCGGAAGUUAGAGAAUGAUUCAGAGAAAAAUCCGGCAAUCGACUUGAGAGAUUGCUUGGAUCGCUUCACAGGAAAGGAGAAGCUGCCCGCAGCAGAGUACUCUUGCGAAAAGUGCGGCGGUACGCAGCAGAGCGCCACGAAGCAAUUGAGCAUCAAGAAGCUGCCGCCGGUGCUCCCGAUUCACCUCAAGCGCUUCGAAACCUCCAAGUCAACGUCCACCAAGCUCGAAACCAAAAUCGCCUUCCCCACGUCCCUCGACCUCUACCCGUACACCACUCGUGCCCGCAGUUCCUCCACCCCAUCAAAGGAUUCGGCAAAUGGUGCGACGAAGGACUCGAAAGCCGCCGCCGGCGGCAACAGCGCCAUCUCGCAGCCCACUUGCAUGUAUGAGCUCGCCAGCGUCAUAGUGCACAAGGGCAAGAUUGACUCGGGCCACUACGUCAGCUACGCGCGCAAGGGUGGUGACUGGUUCCUGUUCGACGACAGCAAGGUCGUGCUGGCGAGUGAGGCGGACGUGCUAAGGGCCGAGGCGUAUCUGUUAGUGUACGUGGUGCGCAAUUUGGAGGGAUGA